CAGGGGGCCACGUCAUUUGCUCCAUCAACCCGGAAAUGACUCUUAUUGCCGGCGCCUCGGCCAAUGGGCGGCUCGUGAGUAGGGAAGAGGGAAAAGGUCAAGACAGGUAUGGAGAUGGCGGAGCUAACGGAGGUUGCCGGGCAAAUAAAACCGUCUCCGUGAGGGGAAGGAAGGCGAGAUGGUGUGCGCCUCGCGCUAUAGCUGAGCCUUCCUCGAGACCAUCUCAGUAGUCGCUGCACGCCUCCUCUAUUUCCGUCGCGCCGUCCUCCGUCCAGACCAAUGAGCGUCGCGUACGAGCUGCUGUGGCGUCUGCUGCACCUCAUCCUAAGUGUCCAGCGCGCGCUCUUCGCCUGGUUCCGAGGGUGGUUCCGAGGACGCGGCUCGUGGCUCAGCCGUUGGCGGUGGCGCGCGGCUUCAACCGCUGCCGCCGCCUCGCGGGCUCUUUUGGCCCCAGCGGCGGCCACGGGGGCUUUCGCCUUCCAUAGGCCGGCGGCGGCGGGACGGAAGGUAGCCGGUGGCGGCGGCCGGUGGCGGCGGGACGGGAAGUCUCUCCAAAAGCUGCCGGGCCAUGUGGGGCUGGUGGUGGUUGAGGAGGAGCAGAGCUAUGCGGACAUGGCCAGCCUGGUGGUGUGGUGCAUGGCGGUGGGCAUCUCUUAUGUCACCGUCUACGACCACGAUGGUAUUUUCAAGAGGAAUAAUUCAAGGCUGAUGGAUGAAAUCCUAAAGCAGCAGCAGGAAUUGUUAAACCUUGACUGUUUCAAAUAUACAGUGAAAUUUGCAGAUCAAGAGAAAACCAAUCAAGUUUUAAAUUGCCAAUCUACACUGAACGUGCUAUCUUCAGAGGAUGGAAAGACAGAUAUAGUAAAAGCAGCUCAGAAAUUUUGCCACUUAGUAGCACAAAAGCAAAAAAAAAGCACAGAUAUGGACAUGAAUGUCUUGGAGAACUUACUAAGUAGUACUAAUGGCUUUCCUGACCCAGACUUGAUAUUAAAGUUUGGUCCUGUGGACAGCAUUUUAGGAUUUCUUCCCUGGCAGAUCAGAUUGACAGAGAUCGUUUCUUUGCCUUCACAUGUGAACAUCAGCUAUGAAGAAUUCUUCUCUGCCCUCCGUCACUAUUCAGACUGUGAACAGCGUGUGGGAAAAUAACUUCUUGAUGAACAUUAUCAGGAUUUCCAUGGAAAGGACCCAGUGUCUCUGUUUACAAGUUCCUGUGAUACAUAAAAGUCCAGUACAUAGUCUCUUAAUUUAUCAAAUUCAAUAAAGUGUCUUACCUUUUUAGAAUUUGUAUGCGUGUGCACUCAUAGUCUGUGAAGGUGUGGGAAAGCAGUGGGUCACUGCUGUGGCAUAUGUCAUACCAUAAAUGUUGUAAACAGCUGUUUAAAAGCUUCAGGCCUCUCUUCCUUCCAGUGACCAAAUCCUUAAUACAAGGAAUACUAACUAUGAGGGAACAAUUCAAGGUAGCACUGGACUUUAUAAAAUCCUUCCUAGAAUUUUCUGCUGUCACAAUCUUGUUGUCUCAUUUUCAUCAGACUUCAGUAACUCACUCAACAUCUAGGAGCUUAGUUAUCCUCAAAGGCUUCCUGAAAAGCAUAGUAGGCUUUUUUUUAAAGGAGGGGGAUGUUUAAAAUGGAACUGAAGUUGUAGUUGGAAAAGAUUAUAAGCAUAAAAAGAUCACAGGGUUUCUCGAACGUGCUUUUACAUCACAUGUUUUAAAUACAUUAUGAAAUAACCAUGUGAAAUACUGACAGCUGCAAAACUUAUAGCCACAGUCUUCUCUUUCUCUGUUGGGAAGAUGAAGGUUUACACCACUCGUCAAGCACCAAUUAAAGAUUUCAGUAGAAAUCAAUAGAUGUUUGGUUGGAUCAUCCUCAUAUAAUCCUAUAAGCUGAAUUUUUCCAAAUAUAAUAUGAACUAUAAGACUUAUGUGGCAGUGUUUGUUUUAAAGUGGUAGAUUUUCAAAUUCUAAGGUAAGUGAAGAAAUAAGACUUGUACUUCCUUUUUUUAAAAAAAUGGCUUGAUUCCAUUUUGAUAAUUAUAUGCUUAUGUUCAUGCUGUCUGCAUUUUAAAAUAAGCAAAUUUGUCAGUUUACAUUCUUGGGGAAAUGUAAAAGGAUUGUGUUUGGCUGUGUAUAGCAGCACAGGGAGGGCAAGUAUUAAAUAUGCACUGAUGAAUUUUUAAAAUUUUGAGAUCGUCUAUUAACUAUGACAUAACUGCAUAAAUGACUGUGACAAUUGUAUGGCAGUAUGAUAAUACAAUCCAAUUACAAUCUUGAUCCUGCAUCUAUUUAGGUGCUGCUUAAUGUAUACAGUGUACUGUUUCUUCAACUUCUCCUAAUUUUGACCCUAAACUUUGAUUGGCAAACCAUCUUUAAGUGACCAGGUGUUCCUUUUCCAAAGUGUAUUUUCUUAAGGAUGGAAAAGCCAGUUUAUUGUGCCUUUGGUUUAAAAUGGCACCAAACUUAAGAUAUAUUUGCAAAUGGCUUUUUAUAAUGCCAUAAAUUAGUGGAAUAACUAUUCAGAUCAUGCUGCUAUUAAACAGUAUUUUUCUCCUUUUUUACAUCAAAUGUGUAGUGGGUUCAAAAAGCCUGUAACAAGAGUGUAAACUAAUUGAUUUCAUAUUGCGUGUUUCUGAGAAAAGGAUGCUCUCUCCUAUGAGCUGAAGAAGUAAAAGGACAUCAAGAUUAUACUCGCAUUAAUUGGAAUGCCAGAAGCCUUUUUCUGCUGGGAUUGUGUCCUUCAGUUUCUACCAUGAAGAUCACGAACGUGUGCAGUAUAUUUGAGGAAUGCUAUUGACUAGCACUCAUAGUCCCAAAAAGUCAUUUGGACGUUUCUCCUAGAGGAUAUAGAGCAUAGCCUGAAAGAGAUCCCAAGUACUAAACUUAUGUGUGAUUGGAAGCAUCUAGAGAGCUGUCAAAUGAAAUUCAGAACCAUGAGCUUACCGAAGCAAAUCUGGUACAGUAAAUGACAAUUUUAUUAGUAAGGGUGAGGGAUUAUGUUCCGUUUUUUGACUUAAUUACUUUCCCUGCUUAUAUCAGUCUGCUGCAGAUUGCCAAAGAAUAUUUAUACUGUCCACCCUGGUUCUGGUCAACCCUUGUGACAUGACACAAGUUCUUUUUCUAAUUAGGGGCAGAAUUUAACAUUGAAUUAGCUGUGCCAAAAACACUGUGCAUAUCCACAAUUUACUUUUUUUGAAUGUAUGUCAUUGCAGCAAGUUUCCCCUUUCCUGUGUUGUCUUGUGACAGGUGUAGUCUUCAGCAGUGACAUUCUGUAUAUCUUUGGAUACCUGUAAAUAAUAUGUAAAGCAAGUUUUUAUGAUGAAGAAAUUGACUUCUUGGAUUUCUUUACUGAGAGUAAAAUCAACCUGUGAAACAAAUAAAUUUAUCUUUUUACAGGCA